UCGUUAGUAUUCUUAUAUAUUUUCAAUAUUCAUGUGAUCUCUCACAUGACCGGAAGAAUUUUGCUGCGGGAUACAAGUAUGGCGACCUCCAUUCACAAAAAUUAUGAUGAUAACGAUUUCGACACUUAUGUUCACUAUUUGCCAUAAGAAUGGAACAACAGGUGAUGCAAGCAUGGGGUCAUAUCAGAGACAUUUAUGGAUACCAUAAGAGAUUCUCAUCUUUUCAAAAGAUAGUGAUAAUAUCCCUUUUUGUCGGGUUUGCGUCUAUCUUUUAUGCCCGCCUGUUGACAGUUGUGUUUGUUUACGUUUUGGCUGUUAUCACCUCUGUAAUAGCAUGUCAUGUUCUGACGUCUGUGCAAACCAAUUUCACAUUUGGUGUUUCAAUAUUACUUUUUGUAACAAAACAUGAAUCGCUGUUCAAGCAUGUAUUUCGACUUUUGGAAUUAUUGAAUAUCAACCAUGAAACAUCAAAAGGCAGUCGAGGAUCUAGGCAGAGGGACACCAAUGUAGACGGCGAGUUUCAAGAUGCAAAAGAACAUGACGAGGACAGUGUUAGAGAAGCAGAACGAAUCAUGGCUAUUGGGAAGGGAGAGUGUGAGACAUCUGCGAUUUCAGUCGGGAAAGUACGCCACACACACUCUCUUGAAGACAAUGUGAAGACAAGAGACGAUAUCACUGCAUGGAAAGAUGAGGUGCAGUUAUUCUCAUGUCAUGUUUCUAAAGACUUUGUGAAACCGUGGUAUGAUACAUUCUCCUCAGCAAGUGAUGUUGUUUUGGAGGAAACGCAUGCCAUUAUCAACACAUGCUUUCUUGAAUUAUGUGACAAAUUCAAAAAUAUAGAUACCUACAAGUUAUUAGCGGACAUUCUCCUGCAUUAUAGGCAACACCUCCGCAUGUUCCAAGUAGCUCGCACAUUGUAUAAAACUCAACCCAGAAGACGUUUGAGUCAGCGUAGACUAUCAUCAAAUCAACAUUUAUCGCGAAGAAUUAACUCUGUGGAGGAUGCAUUUGAGAUCAAAUUUUCGUAUCACACAGCAGUUUGGGGAGCGGAAAAUGAAAUUAUAUAUUUCAGAUCAGUGGUUCAGAUUUUACUGUCGCAGCUUCUUUCUGGUCAUCUCCUUGUUUGCAAUACCUCAUAUUUACUUUUUGUCGAGAUUUUUACAUGCAAUAUAUUUUUACCUGUGAUAGAACUUUUGUCAGACUCAGACUUUUUGUAUGAAUGCAUAAUAAAGGUCCUCUCUGAUGAGAAAAUAUGCUCAGUAGAAGACAAUGAAAUAUUGGAAAGUCUGUUAGAUAAAAAUCUAGAAAGUGCCAAAAUGGCUGCAUAUAAAAAUGCUUUCCAGCAAGAUGUUCAAAUUAUCAUAUCUGACCAACAUAACGAUGCAGAUGGAUGGGAUCAAAACAAAUACAGGUCAUCUGAAAAUCAUCUACCUGGGAAUCGCUCACUCAGGUCAGAUGUCAAGAUGAGAAGGUCAAGUUCAGCAUCAAGCACACAUGAUUUACAAAAUUUUCAAUGUGUGAAUGAUACUCGUAUGUCUGAUCAGAGAAAAGACAAAUUAUAUGACUAUGGAGAGGAAAACUCCAUGGAAAGUGUAGGAAAUGGAAACUCUUUAUACUGUGAUAAAGGCCAUUCUACAAUGGCCCGGAGUUGCCCUAGUCACCUUGGUAUUGUUUCAGCAGCAGGGUUCUCUGACCCUGAAGAUUUUAGUGCAGAGAGCAGUGCUACAGAUGAUGAAGACAUACCAUCAAAAGUAAAUAUAUUCCUGGACAGUGAUGAAGUGGAGGUUAACAAGAUGGAGGAGCUAGAACUACCCAAUAUGUUGUUUGUGGAAGUAGCUAUUACUGAUACUGAGACAAGACAGGAAAUGAGAAGCUCUACUCAGUACACCUUAUACAAUAUACAGUACGAUGCAUUAUACAACACAGAAGCUAAUUCACUAGAGCUUCGUACCAGGAGUGUAAAGAGACGAUUCCGUGAGUUUGUGAAUCUUCAAGCUCGACUGGAAGAUAAUGAAGCAUACAGAAAAAGUUUGAAGGAUGUUAAGGGACCAAAGAGGUGGCUUUCUCUGCCAUUUGGGAAUAUGGAUAAAAGGAGUGUUGAAGGCCGCAGAAAGAGUCUAGAAGCAUUCCUAAAAUCAUUGAUCCAGAAGCUUGACAUAUGCAAUGGAUCUGAGCUGAAAGAGUUUUUAGCCUAUGAAGGGGAUGGCCAUAUAGCAUUUGUUAGGAAGGCACCAGAAAUAUCGGUACCAAGAAUAGACAAGAUGUUUGUAAAAACCAUGUCUGAUGUGUUUGAUAAGAUUGGAGAACUUUCAAAUAAAGCUCAGGAGGUGUUGCCAAAACUACCAGGCAAGAAAGAUAACUCUGUGUCAGAAGAUGAAGAAAAACCAGCAAAAGACCUGGAUCUGAUCAGUGUGGAUUUCAGUGCAGAGAGUCAGGUGUCAGAUUUCCAAGGAAAAUUGAGCGAUUACAUGAGAAAGCAUGUCAACACGGGUAGUGGUUCUGUUAUUGAAAGUCCCUCUACACCAGUAAAUGAGGACCACACCCAACAGGAUGACAGUACAGAGGCUGUAGGUGCCACUCCCACUUCUAGUGAUAAACAGCUGACUUGUGAAUCACUCACAAUGUUGUCAGAGGAAGAAUCAGUUUACGAAGCUACAGAAGCAACCGGGAUGACAAGAGAUGAUCUAUGUAGUCCUUCUGGAGAAGUACCAUAUACUCUGAGAGUGGAAAUCCCUACUUUAUCACAGGAAGAUGAAUUAGGUAAUGCAGAUGUUCAAGCGAACACCAAACACAAAGUAACUGACAACCAGGACUGUGAUGAUGAGAAUGUUGAUGGCCUGACAGAGUCAAUCCUAACUCCAGGAGUAACAGAGGUCCUUCCUGGUAAGACAGACUUUGUUGGCGACGUUGCCUUGGCCGAGGCAGUCAUUGAUCUUGCCAUACAGGCUUUACAAAGUCGGGACUGCUGGGUGACCAGGGAUAGAGUGGUUAGUCUAACUAAACACCUGGCUGGUACAGCUCUACACAGAUUUCUGAUGAUGAAGUUGGAUACCCUGACAACAGAGCAGAUGUGUCAAUUCUACAUCAGAACACUGCGGGAAACACUCUGGCCCAAUGGACAAUUAUCAAUGGAGGGAAGAAAGGUCAAAACUGACAAGCAGAAAGCUGCCACCAAGGAGCAGGCCAGGAGGUGUCUUGCUGAGUUCCUUCCAGAUAUUCUGAAACAACUUGUGGGAUCAGAGGACUAUCACUUCAGUAUAGAUGAGAUCAUUGAGUCAGUGGAACACCAGAAGCUAAACAGAAAUUUCAUGUGUACUGUUCUGGAUCAUCUCCUUGAAAAACUGUUUCCUGAUACAGCCUCAACUGAAUGCCAGGAAGAUCUCUUGAAAUAGGAUUAUAGAUUUAUGGUUCAUGGCAAAGUGCAAUAUUACCAAGAACAAUUUGAAUUGUAACAAUCAUAUUGUUAAUGACCAAUGUAUUAUUGUUGUGGAUGUGAAACAUACGUGAUUUGUAUCUAAAGGUACCGAAAAAUUAUA